AUGUUUCUAUCCACGCACGACAGCGGCCGUUUUUCGCUUCUCCUUGCAAAACUUGUGUCUUCGAACUCGCAGUCCACGAUUUACAUGCAAGAACCCUUGCUGUCGACAAGUGAGCUGUAUGUCCUGCCACAAACUCUGGCGGGACGCAUAAUAGAAGCCGCGCGCACAGCAGCAGUGAAACGGACUUGUCCUCGAUGCAACUUGUCCUUUGUCAAAUCUUCCGACUGCAACAAGUUGACCUGCAUAUGCGGCUAUUCCAUGUGCUACGUCUGCCGCAAGGCAUUAAAUGGACCAUCAUACCGUUGUCAAGAACACGAUGGUGCCGGACGAAAUGUAUUUCCUUUAGACGAGAACCCCGCAGAAGCAGAAGCAGACGAAGGAGAAACUGGAUACAAGCAUCUUUUUGAACAUUUCCGUGUUAAUCCCGGUACUCGCUGCACGGAAUGCAAUAAAUGCGAGUUGUGCUUCUCCGAAGAUGAGGAGGCCAUCGCUUGCAAAGCCGGGGAACAGGCUGAGAGGGAAUGGAGAUUACGACAGACCAUGAUGAUUGCGAAUAACAACAAGAAUAUCAAUAUGAAUAAUAGUAUCAUUAAUCAAAUUCAAUCUGGGAAACAAGGACCAGGAAGUUCCUCGAUACGAUGGGAGGAUCAUCAAUCACAGAAACAUCCAGAUCUCUACCGCAUACCAACCAUGUACAAUCACCACAAUCGAUCUUCGCAAUACUGGCUCAUUGAAGUAUGGAGAGAAGGAUGUUGGAGAUGGGAGAUCCAAACCAUGGCAGAUAAGCUAGUAGAAAGAGUGGUUGUUAUCGUUGACAUUUCAUGA